AUGGCUUCGGGUGUGCCGGCCACUAGUUUCUAUGCGAGUACGAGUCGGGGCGGUGAACCGGCACCGGGUGAUGUUUCUCCGCAAGAUCAGGGUGAUGGCGGUGAUGCGACUCGCCCUCACGAUGGUGAUCGGGUCCCUCAUGAUGAUGUUCACAGGGAGACUCGUGAAAGCAAAUCAGAAUGGGCCGAUUGGGGCUCGUGGCAAGACGAUGGAUGGACGACCGGCCCUUGGAAUCGUUCCUGGGAUGGUGGCGACGGGUGGUGGAGUCGAUCGGGAUGGGCUCGUGACUCGAACCGCCGCGAUGGCUACGAUGCGAAGAAGAAGGGCAAGACUUGGGAGUCCACCUCGACUGGGUCCGUGGGAUCAGGCGAUGGAGUUGGGCAUGAUCGUGAAUCAAAGGAGUCCUUCUCGGACCCUUGGGGAAGGCGAGAUUCCUGCAGUGAUGCUCACUACUCACGAGACGAUGGCCGUGAUCCUCCUGACGGUUGGGGACCUUCUACAGAGGGGCGAGGCGGUCCUUUUGACGGUGCACGUAGAGGAGCUCCAGACGCAUCUCGGGGUCCUUCGGAACGCAUGAUCGUGCCGACCUUCGCCGGGAACACUGAUGGAGGCACAGAGGACAUCGGGACUUCCGCACGUUCAUAUCUGAGGCAGAUUGCGGCGUGGCGGAGGAUGACGAGAAUGUCCAAGGACCAGCAGGGCCUCACCUUGUACCAACACCUCACCGACCGGGCAUGGGUGGACGCGGAACGACUCGACGUGAACCGUCUUGGCAGCAGCGAGGGCGUCGACUACCUGAUCAGCUGGGUGCAGGACCGCUACUUGGACGUUCAGAUCACCCAAGUGGGGCGGAGUCUCUCCGAGUUCUUUCGAAAGCUCCGCCGCAAACCCACACAGUCGGUUCGGGACUACAUGGCGGAGUUUGAUCGAGCCUUCGCAAGGCUCGCUGAAGCGGGGUGUCAGCUUCCCGAUAUGGCUGCAGCUUGGGUCUUCGUGGACAGGAUGGGGCUAGAGGAGCAGGCGGAGCUGAACCUUUUGGCCUCGGUGGGCAACAAGUACGUCCUCAAGGAUUUGCAGCAGGCAGCCAUAGUUCACGACAGGGGAAUGAGGAAACCAUGGGAGACCACCACGAAGAACACGAAGAAGGAAUGGCCCAACCGGAAACCAUUUAGCGCCAACGUUGCUGACUUCGAGGAGCCUUUCUCCCAUGAGGACCAUGAUGUUGAUCACGAGGAAGACCUGGACACCGUACCUGAAGAAGUCGCUAGCGAGCUCUACCAGGCCUACCUCACACACGAAAGCGCAAAGCAACGAUACAGAGAGACGGCAAAGCUCAGAGGGAGUGAUGCAGAAAGCCUCAAACGUCUUGCUGCAGAGAAGCUUCAAGCCGCCAAAGCCCGCAGUUUCUGCUCUGCGUGUAAACGAAGAGGUCACUGGCAUCUUGACAGCGUGUGUCCUCUGAAUCGCAACAAUCAGGGCAACACCACUACCUCGACGACGGCGACUUCGGGAACUUCGGGUGGUGCUGGCGGGCAUGCGACAAGGGACUCAACCAAGGCCAACUUUCCUUGCCACGUCGUCCACGUGACAUGGGACAUUGGAGAUCGUGUCGGCAAAGGGCUUGUCGGGAUUACGGACACCGCGUGUGCAAGGUCAGUCGCAGGAUGCGGAUGGAUGGACGGUUACCUCGCGGAAGUCAGACAACGAGGAGGCGAACCCCAAUUCCUUUCAUGCAAGGAGGCUUUCAAGUUUGGCGCGUCAAAGAUCUUCAUGGCGAACUACGGGGUGCUCGUGGGAUUCAAGCUCGGCUCUCAUCAGGUGGUGCUGAAGGUCGCCGUGGUGAAUGGGGACGUGCCCCUCCUCAUUUCGCGAGGAGCCAUGGCCAAGAUGGGGAUGAUCAUCGAUGUCGGUGAGAACCGAGCCACCUUCAAAGCUUUAGAGGUUCAUGACAUGCAGCUCUCCGUGACAGACACGGGGCAUCCGGCUUUUCCUAUCGAGCCAGUUCCUGUCCAGCCCCACCUUGCGAACAGCUCGCGGUGGGAAGACAAUGAGCUUCAGAUCCUUUCGCCUUCUAUGCGAUAUAUGCCGAACGCAAGUUAUGGGGGCGUGGGAGGUUGCGGUUUUCCCGGCGAUCAAGGAGUUCUUGGUGAGGUUGAAGUUGACUUGGAACCUUGCUCGACUAGCUGGGUGGUGGUUUCAGAGGAGGUCGCAGUGUCUAGUCGCUCUGCCUCUUCCCCAACAUCUACACCUCCUAUCUCAGAUAGGGACUACGAACCUUUGUUCUUCCCCAAAAAGGUUGGUGCCGCCAUUAAGAACAUGCUCCUUGACGAGAGUUUUUCCCCCGAAACCUUUGCCAGUUGGUGGAGUAGCAGCAACAUCUCCAAUGACUUCUGGAUUGAGGAUGCCGACUACCUGAUCAGGGUACAUGUAAUCCCUAGGCGCUCCUUUUUCAAUCCUUUGCAUUGGGCUACACAGAAUCUUCGGCAUAAAGAACUUCUCCUCAAGAGCCUCGGGGCGGUUCGGUCCAUCCAUGGCAUAGCUUGUAAGAGCCACCGUGCUUUCCCUACUGUGCAUGGAACUUGGGACAGGAUGCAAGACAACAGUGCUUUUCCGAUGCUGUGGGUCGGCCGGAGUGUGUUCACUCGCAAGCCGAUGCUGAACCGGCCCAAGAACCUCUCGGAGUUCACCAAGGCGGAGCUUUUGGCGGAAGCGGCGGCCAGGACCCUUCAGGUGCACGAGAGAUGGACCCCGGCAGAGAUCAAGUCGGCAAUCCAAGAGGACCGGGCGCGCGGGACCGACGAGAACAUCCACGGCAUGCAGAACCUGACCCUCGAGCAGUUGAAGAACCGGGCCAUGGAAGCGGGUUAUCUUCUGCCGGCUUAUCCGACCAGGGGGGCGAUCAUGCGCAUUCUUCGGGGGCAAAAUGGACAGGGCCCUCAAAGCCUCCUGAACUUCGGACGCUUCAAAGGGAACAUGUACAAGGACACCCCGUUGAGCUACAGGGCUUGGGCGCUACUGGAGGUGGAGAGCAGCGACAACCCGUCGGAGGACCUCGUGAUGUUCGCGAAUUGGUGGAAAGCGGAGCAACACCGGUGGAACGACGGGAGAUUGGAAGGGGAAAACCCGAUACCCGACCCCGAGGAGAACGCGACCAUUCCCUAUGUCGAGGACACGAGCAGUUCGGGAUCAUGGGCAGUCCUGGCGACACGGAGCAGCUACCCGGGAAGCGUUCCGAAGCCGAAGGGAGCACUCUCGGGACCCCCAGUGAAGACACCCCCCAGACGACGGGGACCGGGAUCCGUGGCGAGCUCUACCCCCAGCCGGAUGGACCAGGACAUUCCGACCGAGAUCCAGGACCCCCGAUGGAAUGUGAGUGGAGAAGAGAAACACCCCGACGAAGUGGACGACGAGGAGUUCCAUGAGUGUUUGGAGGGCAACGAUGUCAGAUCUCAAGAUGAAGACGAGGGAGAUCAAGAAGCAGAGAACCACGACGACUUCCUCGACGACUAUGUCAUUCUGGAGGGGAUCGAAGAUAUAAGCUGUGGAGGCGAGGGGGCUGGACGCCCUGGUAAGCCCUCUAUGGCAGACGAGUCCGAGGCGUUCACGACCGAGAAGGUUGCUAAGGUCACCAUCAAAGAACAAUGCGAGAGAUGUGACCGCCUCGCGAAGCAGAAGCUCAUGAACAAGGCGUUCGACUACGACGAUCUUCUGGAGGUCGCGAAGGAGAUCCCUUUAAGGUACCCUCAGUCCAAGAAGCCCACGAAUCGAGGAGGAAAUGAGGUCUACGGGGUCUACCUUGGGGGCAUGUACACCUACGGCAAGUUCACUGGAAUUUCCCGGGACAGCAGGCGCCUUCCUUGGACCACAAGAUACGUGAACUCCUUCAUGCGAUCAAAGACAAAAGGGGAAUGGACGUCUUUCGUCCUUUUCAAAAAUGCCGCUACGCAGAUUCACUCCGAUGUGCACAACCUUCCCAACUCCUUGGUGACUACAGUGACCUUCGGACCCUUUUCCGGAGGCGAACUUUGGAUUGAAGGAAAGAGUCAUGAGGAAGGAAGGAAUGGAUGUGUGGUUCGAGAAGACGCCCAGGGCAACCUCCACGAAGGACAUCUUGUUCGUACGAGGAUGAAACCUGUCUCCUUCGACGGGAAGACAAAGCACGCAACCCAACCUUGGAGUGGAGAGCGCUGGACCCUCUCCUGCUUUGCCACGAGGGGAUACAGUCGAGGCGACGUCGGACUCCGUGACCAACUUCGGGAUCUUCGCUUUCCUUUACGUGGUCUCCCUGUCCCUCAACGAAGUGAACCUGAGGAUGGCCCGAGUUUCUCCAUGACGACGAGGCCCAAGAAGAGUACUCGGAAAGCACUUUGGAAGAGCGCCACGCGAUUGGCAGCUCUCACCAGUUGGUGCACCCUCGCAGCUGUCAAUUGGAGUCAGAGCAUUUUUCCCAUCUCCAGAGGGAGCUUUGGCGUGAGCCUCUACGAGAUUGGAGGUUACUCGAAAUCGAUCGAGGUCGCUGAGAUGGGUUUCCUCACGGCAGAACCUUUCAUCGCAGAAGAAAAUGACGAGACCCAGGUCAAGGUCAUUGAGGAGACCCUUGAGGAGUUCAGCCCCGCAGUCCUCUGGAUCCAUGGCAGGGAGAUUUCACACCUGUUCUCCAAGUUCGCAGACAGUGUCCACCGCUACAUCGACCUCGGGAGGAAGGUGGUGUUUGAAGCUGACCCCGACGAUCCUUUCUGGACCCACAAUGACAUGAUCGAGCUCUACGACAAGUAUGAUGGGCUGUACGAUGUCCAUGUUGAUGAACCAGACCUUCUUCGUUUCAACCACACCAAUUGGGCCUUCCUCGAGCCUGACCACGAAGACAUAAAGGAGCUCGUCGUUUAUCUGUCCGAGACCUACACCGUCGAGAACCAAUUGGAACCUCCGGACGGGGCGAAGGAAGAUGUACAAGGAGCAAGCGCGAUCACCUUUGAGGACGAGGGUGAAACAAAGAUUCCGCCUGAAGUGAAGUCGUCGCUGAGGCGGCUCCAUCAGAAUAUGGGACAUCCCAGCAACCUCGACCUUGCGAGGCAUCUCCGGCUUGCAGGUGCUGACCCCUCGGUGAUUGAAGCAUGCAAAAAGAUCAACUGCCAGGUUUGCUCGAGGAACAAGAGGGGCAAGAGCGCUAAGCCAGCAAGUUUUCCGAACCUCCUCGACUUCAACCAGGUUGUCGCGGUUGAUGCCUUCACUGUCUAUGAUUGCCAGGGUGAGAAGCUGGAGCUCAUGAUGUCGAUCGACCUCGGAACGGGGUUCGCUCUCGCCUCUCCAUUGCAAGGACACUCUGGUAUCGCGAUGGAGUCUACGUUCUGCAGCAUGUGGAGCAAUAUGUUUGGGGCCCCCGGAACCAUGGUGCUGGACCUCGAAUCGGGAUUGCAGAAGGGCUUGGCACGUUUCAGUGAAUGGCAUGGGACCUUCAUCAGACCGAUCGCUGGGCAAGCUCAUUGGCAACAAGGUUCGGUUGAGAGAUGCAUCCGGACAUGGAAAGAGAUAUGGAGCAGGGUGGUUGACGAUCAGUCAGCCUCCGUUGGGGAAGCUGGCAUGGUCCUCACUGCAGUCAAUUCCGCGAUGAAUACCCUGAGGAGAGAGACUGGAUUCAGUCCGUCACAAGCCGUUUGGGGGCGCGACCCUGACCUACCUGAACUCCUGAAGAAUAGUCCCCAGGACGAACACGUGGAACACGUCAUCAGUCGAGAUCGACAGAGAGCUAGAGAGCACUCCCUGAGGAUAGCUGCCAAGGAGGCCUACUUCAAGUCGCAAAAUGACAGCAAGUUCCGUCGCGCCCUUUUGCAGCGCUCGCGGGUCACUGGGCCUGAGCUCCAAGUCGGGGCACAUGUCUUCUUCUACCGCAAGCCGAAGAACAACAAGAAUUGGGAAUGGCAUGGUCCUGCAGUGGUGAUUGGACGCGAGGGGCCUAACUUCUGGCUCUCAUUCUCGGGCAGGUGCCACCUUGUCGCUCCUGAGCAUCUGAGGAUGGCAAGUGCUGAGGAGCUUGGGGCCGCUUUUGCUCUGAGGACGACGCAGGACGAUCUCCAACGACUCUUAGACCAAGAUUUCGCUGAUGAGGAAAUGUACGCCGGGGAUGACGUGGAGGCGGAGGCAUUGCUUCCCCAAGGAGAUGAGGAGCCCAGCAGCUCCGGAAGACCGGAAGAAGGAGGAAGGAGGAGACAAUCCGAAGAGCACGUUCCUCCUGUCGCCAAACGCCACCGUGUCAAAGGCCCUCAAAGAUCUGACCCUAGUCCCUAUGACACCUACAUGUUGAAGCUCCCUAAGACCCCUCGGGCGAAGGAGAAGGCGUUGGAGAAGGAACUCCCCUGGAGCAUGAUCCCUGGCGAUCAAAUCCAAGGAUUCAAAGACGCAGAAAUAAAACAGUGGGAGGAACAUGUCGAGCACAACGCGCUGACUCCACUUUCCCUCGAGGAAAGUCGCGACAUCUCCAAGAACAAGGGGGACCGGGUGCUCAAUAGCAGGUUCGCCUACCGGGACAAGCUUUGGAGCAGAAGGCGAGAACAACCUGAUGUGGGUUGGAAGCACAAGGCGCGGUUGGUAAUCAGUGGACACAAAGAUCCCGACCUGAUGAAGGGCCUCCCGACACACGCCCCUACGAUAUCAAGGCUUGGCAUCCAUCUCCUCCUACAAAUCCUCGCUUCAAACCUUCACUGCGGAUGGACAGGGCAUGCUGGCGAUGUGACGGCAGCUUUCCUAUGUGGAGAAGAACUGAAGAGGGAGUUAUAUCUUCGCCAACCUCGCACUGGUCUGGGCAACCUGCAUCCGGAACAAAUCCUGCGUAUCAGGAAACCGAUCUUCGGGCUUGUUGACAGUCCGGCCUCAUGGUGGACUAAGUUGCGUCGAACGCUACAGAGUCUCGUGCUCAAGAAGGACGGCAAGACGUGGAAGAUCGUUCAAUGUUCUUUAGAUCACUGCAUCUUCAUGGUCCAAGAGGUUAAGGCUGUCGACUCUUUCGGGGUUGAAGUGCUUGAUAAGCCAUGCGGAUACCUCGGGGUGCAUGUUGACGAUGUACUCCUGAUUGGACAAGACGAGGUGUGCAACAUCGUGAAGGAACAGCUGAGCACGGUCUUUCCUAUCAAAGAGUGGGAAUCCGGGAAGUUCGACUACGUGGGCUCCUUCAUCGAGAUCCUGGAAGAUUCCGUUAAAGUCUCCCAGGCCAGCUAUGCAGGAACACGCCUGUUCGAGGUCGAGGUGGACAAGGAGGAUCCCGACCACUACGAGGCUUCAGAGCUCCAGAAACACGACAACAUGUCCCUGAUCGGGGCAUUGUCCUGGAUGGCCAGUCAAUCACGCCCUGACCUACAGGUUGGAGUGUCGAUGAGUCAACAGAGACAGAAGCAGCCCACCAUCGGAGAUGUGAGAUUCACCAACUCGAUCGCUCACAAAGCCCUUCAGUUCAAGGACCAGGGUUUGGUCUUCUACCCAGUCAACCUGGAGGCCGCAGUCUUGCUGUGCUACCACGACGCUGGCUGGGCUAACGUUCCCCAGGACCAAGGAGAUCCUUUCUAUCGGCUGAACGACGACGAAAAUCAGAAGGGCCUCAUCGAUGUCCCUGGAACGAGUUGGAGAGAAGCCAAGGCAAAGAAGGCCAACUCCACGAUCGCUUCGCAGCUGGGCGGUCUGUAUGUGUUCACCAAUCAGGAAGUGCUCGAGGGAGUUCCGUGUAGAGGAAGCAUAGUCGACUGGCGGAGUGGUGCAUGCGACCGAGUCUGCCGUUCAACGUUUGCGGCAGAAACCAUGGCAUGCUGUACUGCCACCGAGACGGGGGACUUCAUCGUGAAGUUCAUGGAGACCAUCCUCACUGGGAAAUUGGCACGUGGUGGAACCCGCUUCAAGGUCCGUUUCCUGAGUGACUGCAGGAGUUUGUAUGAUCACCUCGUCCGAGACGGGGUACCUAGGGUACCUACCUGUAAGAGGCUUGCCAUCGACCUGGCAGGCAUCCGCGAAGAUCUUAGGACCCUAGGUCGCAUAGUCUGGAUCCCAACCGGAGCUCAACUUGCUGAUAUCCUUACGAAGCCGCUUCGGCCAGAGAGCUGGUGGCGAACAGUGAGGUCAGAGAUCAAGCUCACUUUCAGAGAGGAUGGGCGGAAGAAUUGUAUAGAAGAAAGGGAACCGGAACCAGUGUAA